AUGCAGAGAAUGUUUGCGGUGAAGUCCCUAAACGCUUCACUAUUCAGAAAACAACCCCAACGAGUUUUUUCUGCUGCGUUUUCUACUUCCUUCCUCUUCGAUGAUACCCAGAAGCAGUUUAAGGAAAGUGUAGCUCAGUUUGCUCAAGAAAAUAUUGCCCCUUAUGCCUCAGAAAUAGAUAGGACAAAUUAUCUUCCUAAGGAAGUUAAUUUAUGGAAACUGAUGGGUGAUUUUAGUCUCCAUGGAAUCACUGCUCCAGAGGAAUAUGGAGGAAUGAGCCUAGGUUAUUUAUAUCACUGCAUAGCUAUGGAAGAAAUAAGUCGUGCUUCAGGGUCAGUUGCCCUUUCAUAUGGUGCACAUUCUAACCUAUGCAUUAAUCAAUUGGUGAGGCAUGGAACCCCUGCGCAGAAAGAAAAGUAUUUGCCAAAGCUAAUCAUUGGAGAGCACGUAGGAGCUCUUGCAAUGAGUGAACCUAAUGCUGGCUCAGAUGUUGUUAGCAUGAAAUGCAAAGCUGAGCGUGUUGAUGGUGGUUACAUUCUGAAUGGGAAUAAGAUGUGGUGCACAAAUGGUCCAAUUGCUCAGACACUGGUUGUCUAUGCAAAAACAGAUGUGGCAGCUCGCUCCAAAGGAAUAACGGCCUUCAUAAUUGAGAAGGGAAUGUCUGGAUUUAGCACUGCCCAGAAACUAGACAAACUUGGGAUGCGAGGAAGUGAUACGUGCGAGCUUGUUUUCGAUAAGUGUUUUGUUCCUGAAGAAAAUGUUCUGGGCCAGGAAGGGAAAGGAGUUUAUGUCAUGUUGUCGGGCCUAGAUCUAGAGAGGCUUGUUUUGGCAGCUGGACCUCUUGGACUCAUGCAGGCUUGCCUUGAUGUUGUUCUUCCCUAUGUUCGACAGCGAGAGCAAUUUGGCCAACCCAUUGGACAAUUUCAACUUAUACAGGGAAAGGUUGCUGACAUGUAUACUUCAUUACAAUCUUCAAGGGCGUAUGUAUAUUCUGUUGCAAGGGAUUGUGACAACGGAAAGAUUGAUCCAAAGGAUUGUGCUGGUGUUAUACUUAACGCUGCUGAAAGAGCUACACAAGUUGCUCUUCAGGCUAUUCAAUGUCUUGGGGGCAAUGGAUACGUAAAUGAAUAUCCGACUGGACGUCUUCUUCGUGAUGCCAAAUUGUAUGAAAUCGGAGCUGGCACCAGUGAGAUUAGACGACUUAUAAUUGGUCGUGCUCUCUUCAAGGAACAGUGA